AUUCUUCCUUCCCCGUCGACACGUCAGUCAGCUGGAAGACGCUAUUCGCCAGCGGAGACAGCAGAGCCGAGAGAAGGCCAAGGAUUACAUCCUAGCCCUCCAAACGCUGAUCCGACAGCACCCAACGAUGUGCAGCGACGACCACUUGGAGCGCAUCUACGAAGGCUUGCGAAUUGCCCGUGUCACGAGGAGAGGACAGCCAUCUUCAAGUCACCCACCGAUCAACCAACCACGUCUCUACCAGGCUGGCAAGGCCCCGAUGGCCGCUUCUAUGCGAACGUCCUGGUCGAAGGCAUGAACAUCCGAGCCCUUAUCGACACUGGAGCUACCUUAACAUACAUCAACGGAUAUCUACGCAAGCAAUUGGAACAGCGCAAUAUUCAGCCACAUCCUAACAAACGAAACGUGCAGCUAGCCGACCAAACGUGCGUCGCAAGCACCCAUUCCUAUCCUGUCCAAAUUAAAUACAACGGCCAAGCAACAAACACACUGGUGGCCGUCAUCCCCAAUCUGGCUGAAAAAAUGAUAUUGGGAAUGGAUUUCCUGGCAAAGCGUGGCAUCGUCGUGUCACUAGACAACCAGCAACUAGCUCCCGCCCCACCGCCGAGACUCGAUACUACACACGCGCUAUGCAGCCUAAUUGAAAGGGCACACUUGAACGAGGAACAAAAUAAAACACUAGCCGAUUUUUUUGGAAACUCACAGAGAGCGAUUCUCCAAAAUCACCGGGCCCAGCACCGCCGCCGAACACGAGAUCACACUCCGGCAUCAUCGCCCACUAAACAACGCUAUUACCCACGCAACCCUGCCAUGCAGCAGGUGAUAAACGCCGAAGUGGACGAGCUCCUCGCGGGGGAAAGGAUCGAACCAUCCAAAAGCGCAUACAGCUCCCCCAUCUUCUUAGUUCGGAAAAAGCAAGGAAGUUGGCGCAUGUGUAUCGAUUACCGCCAGCGAACCAGACGCAUACCCGUUACCUCAGAUUGGAGCAAUCUUGGAUCAGUUGAAGGAGGCAAAAUAUAUCUCUACGAUCGACCUCAAAAAUGGGUCGCCGCGGCAACCACAAACCCAGCCCGGGAGAUCACUCCCAAACCAAGGGUAACCGAAACAUCAUCCGAAGCGGACCCGGCCACAACAAACGACGGAACGACCAACAGUGACACGUUCGACCCUUUCAAAAAGCAGCGGCUAAAACGACCGAGAAACAAUAAAGAGCGAUGGCGAUUUCAGUGGAAAGGGCACCGCAAGCUCGCUACACAGAUAGAUGCGAACCACGCCAUCGCCCGGUCAAAGGGGAGGACCAAGGUCAUGGAAUAUAUACAUUAAAACUACCGUCAACCAACACAAACCAAUUUUUCUGUUUUUUUUGCUAAUGU